AUGGAGUUUAAUGCAGUUAUAUUUUGCGGUGAUGGUCAAAAUUUAGUUCCCUUAACCAGUCCAGGAGAGUCAAGGAUUCCAAAGGCAUUAUUGCCUGUUGCUAAUAAGCCGUUGAUUGAAUAUGUUCUGGAAUGGUGUGAUCAAGCGCCUUUCAAAAGUGUCAAUUUGGUCACAGACAUGAAGAAUGAGAAAAUGAUUGCUGAGGUGAUUACGGCGUACAAUUCAAAGAGAAAUUUGGAACUUCGAAAUUCAAGUCCUGUGAAGUUAUUCACUUCUGAAUUAAAAUCCACAGGUGCUAUUCUGAAUGAUAUUUUCCCAGUUAAAGAGGAAGAUGAAUAUGAGGAAGAGAACUAUAUUAUUCUUCCUUGUGAUUUUAUCACCGAUGUUCCUCCUCAGGUUUUCAUUGAGGUCUAUCGAGGUAACAGCGAUGAAAAUAUGGGAUUGAGUGUUUUCUAUUACAACUGUUUGGAAAAUAUCGAUAAAAAGGUUUUGAAGAGCAACUAUACAGUUUAUUCGAACCAAGAAAAUGGUAAUAGUGUCUUGUUGGACAUGUAUUCCAAAGAUUUCGUCACAAUUGACAAAUUUCUCAAAAUCCGAACACAGUUAUUAUGGAGAUAUCCAACAACAUCGAUUUCAACGAAACUCCUAGAUUCCUUUAUUUUCUUCAUGAAUGGUAAAUGUAGAACGACAAAUAAAAACAACGAGGAUAUAGAAACAAGCAGAAGUAUCAACAAGGUCAAAAGAGACUUAGCAAGAAACAGUUGGAAACACUCUAGUGGAAAAUCAACUAUAGGUAUGUUUGCAUUACCAAGAAACGCCUUUUUUGUACGUGUUAACAAUUUACCAGUCUAUAUGGAAGUCAAUAGACAUUAUUUGAAAGAAUUUGCGAAAUCAGGCAACAGAACCAAUGCUACCAAAGGUAGUGCAAAUAUUGGUGUGGAUUGUUUGGUUGAAGAGGAUGCGGAAAUUGGAGAACGUACAACAGUCAAAAGAAGUGUUAUUGGUAAAGAUGUCAAGAUUGGUAAGAAAUGUCGUAUUAGUGCAAGUGUUAUUCUUGAUGGCGUGACAAUUGAGGAUGAAGUACAGUUGGAGAACUGUAUUAUCGGUAAAAAUGUCAAGAUUGAAUACAGAGGCAAGCUUGUUAAUUGUAAUGUUGAAGGUUCAUAUACUGUUGGUAAAAACGUCAACCUGAAAGGUGAAACUUUGAAGAAUCUGAACCUUGACGAGUUGAGUGAUGGUGGUGUUUUCUAUGAAGGUAGUGAAGAUGAAACCACUGAUGAGUCCGGAAGUGAGGGAGGAGUUAGUGAGUAUGAUGAUGAAGGCUUUGAAGAGGAAGAAUAUGAAGAUGAUAUUUUUGCUCGUUAG